CAUCUACUCACGCCUCUUGCUCAUCUUCCUCGCCCAAGCUGCCAACGACGAUGACCAUCGCCCAUCUCGAAAACACUUCAGUCGACAAGGGAGACAUGAACGAUGUCCAAAACAUAGAGCACGUCGAAGAAAACACGCUACCAUCCGGCUUUGGCGGGCAUCUGAUAGAUGAGAACCUCGUCAAGAUUGAAGGAGAGGAUAAAGUCACUCCCUAUCUCUGCUUCCUUAUCUCCGCCUCUGCCAUCGCCGGCUUCCUCUUUGGCUAUGAUACCAGUGUCAUAGGCGUUGCCCUCCCCAUGGUUGGUACCGACCUGACCGGCUCUGAGCUCAGCUCCGCUCAACAAGAGAUUAUCACGGCUGGUACAACUAUCGGCGCUAUCUUUGGCUCGGCGAUCCUGGGAGGGUAUGGAGAUCGGCUAGGCAGGAAAAUGGGCAUCCUGAUCUCGGAUGUCUUUUUUACGAUAGGCGCUCUUAUCAUCGCCUCGAGUUAUUCUCUCGGUCAGAUGAUAGCGGGUCGAAUCAUUCUCGGGGUAGGCGUCGGAGGCGCUGCCGUCGUCGCACCGCUCUUCAUCUCUGAGACUGCUCCCACUUCUGUCAGAGGUCGCUGUAUUGGUGUCAACGCGUUCUUCAUCCCAUUCGGUCAGGUUGUGGCAGAUGCUAUCGGUGCUGGAGUGCAGCACACACACAACAACUGGCGCCUGCUCUUCGCCCUCGGGGUCGUCCCAUCCGUCAUCCAGCUUGUCCUCUUCCAUUACCUUCCCGAGUCACCACGUAUUCUCAUCCUCCGAGACCGACACCCCGCCGCACGUUCUGUCUUUGAACGUAUAUACCCGAACGCCUCUAAAGAGAUGAUCGACUACAAGUUCAGAGUGGCACAGGAAUACGUUGCGGCUUCGACUUCACUUCAAAAUGGGACGACUUUGAGACAAAGGCUCAAGCUGCUUUGGACCAAGGGCAGUUAUAGGCGAUCUAUUGCUUGUGUCACUGUGGCGCAAGCGGCGGGGCAGUUGACGGGUUUCAACACUCUUCUCUACUAUGCUGGUACACUCUUCUCCUUACUUGGCCUAUCCAACCCUGCCCUUGGCGCUCUUAUACCAACCGGCACGAACGCGUUCUUUGUCCUCUGCGGUCUGACGGUGGUGGACAUGGUGGGGAGGAGGGGUCUCUUCAUGAUCGCGGUUCCUAUAUUGCUCUCGGGUCUCGUCUGGAACAUUGUCGCCUUCUACUACCUAUGCGUUCCCACGGGCGGAUUUCUCGAUACCUCCUACACCUACCCCACAAAGCAAGUCGGUAUCGUCAUCGGCGGAAUCGUCUUCUUCACCUCCGGCUUCGGUCUUACCUACUCGCAUCUCGCAUGGUAUCAAGCAGAAUUUCUCGCGCUCGAAGUCCGAUCGGUGGGUUCGGGGAUCGCGACGACAGCGGCGUGGGUGGCGAAUCUGGUGGUCUCAGUUUCGUUCUUGAGCGAGUUAGAGACGUUGACGCCGGCGGGGACGUAUGGGCUGUAUCUCGGGUUCAGCACGGUGUUCUUCAUCUUUCUCAUCUUCUGCUACCCGGAAACAAAACAACUGUCGAUUGACGAAACCUCUAUGCUGUUUGAAGACGACUGGGGGGUUGCGCGUUCCCGUCAGAUGCGCCGCGAACGCGCUGAAACGCGCAGGAGGUUUGCGGACGCGGAGAUGGCAGAGGUUGCAGAAGCUACUCUGGAGGCAAGGCAGGAUAAGCGGAGAGGGGUCAGCGCUUCAGAGUUGAAGGACUUUAUGAGCGGCUUGAAGAAUGGGAGAAAGUAG